CAACGAAAGCGACGAACAUACUAACGAUUAGGACACCGACUUAGCAUGACUCCCGAUUUUUCUGUCCCCGAUGUGCAAAAGGCCUGGGUUUCAGUCUCACAGGGAACUCCAGAAAAGUCCCUACAGCUCAAGUCCGACUGGCCUGUCAACAAGCAGCUCAAACCAGGGCAUGUCCUCGUGAAGACCCAGGCAGGGGCUUUGAAUCCUGUAGGAUGGAAGAAGAUGAAGUAUCUCCCAAACUUCAUCGCCAAACGGCCAUACGUUCCGGAACACGACUUUGCUGGAAUCAUCGUGGAUGAGAAUGAUUCUCAUUUCAAGAAGGGGGAUGAAGUGUUCGGUUGGGCAAGUGUCCAAUAUGGCUUCAGCUCGAGACAAGGCUCCCUAGCCGAAUACGUCAGUGUCCCAACCCACGAAGUAGUCCUCCGACCACCCAAUAUCAAGCCUAUCCAAGCCGCUGGUAUCGCUCUCGCAGCGCUGACCGCCCUCGGAGCCCUUGACGAAGCUAAUCUGGAAGAAGGACAAACCCUCUUCGUUAACGGCGGCAGUACGGCUGUUGGUUCGUUCGCCAUCCAACUAGCAAAGCUGAGAGGCGCCCGAGUCGUGGCUGUUGCUUCGGGCAAGAACGAGAAGUACGUUCGUGACUUGGGAGCGGACGAGUUCAUUGACUAUACCAAAGUUGGUCCUCUGCACGAAUACCUCGCCAAGAACCCGCCAUCUCCCAAAUACAACCUUAUUCUCGAAGCCGUUGGCAUUUACGACCCGUCUCUCUAUACCUACAGCAAAUCAUAUCUAGCACCGAAUGGCAUCUAUACCUCGGUGGGACCAAUGCCCAAUCGAGACCUGAAAUCGCUCUGGGACACACUGCGAAUGGCAACGAUCGUACUCCCAUCCUUCCUAACAGGAUUCAAAGCCAAAUUCGGGAUGACCUCGGUGGAGAAUAAAGAGAACAGACUGGAACGCUUGAGGCAGUUGCUGGAAGAGGGGAAGCUAAAGCCCCUAGUGGAUUCGGUGUACAACUUUGAAGACGCAUUGAAGGCUUACGAGCGUAUCCUAACUGGAAGAGCUACAGGGAAGGUCGUAGUGAAAGUCGAUAAUAGCCUUAAAGCAUGAUGAAUGGCGUGUCCACAUUGGUCUUGCAUGUGGCUUGGUUUACGAGGACUGGGAUCCUUUCUUACGGAACUUCGUGUAACAGAAGAAAGAGCACAACGUCAUUGGUAUACCUACAACACUGUUGCACAAUCAAUUUAUUUUGGU